UUUUUGGGGGGCUCUUAAGGCAAUCGCAGUUCCACGAGAUUAGGUCCGACCGACGUUCAGGCCCCCGCGUUUGCACCCCACCACUGCAAACACCACCUGCCCUGCAAAUCUCUUCCUCCAUUGUAGCCUUGCACUGACGAAAGCGCACGGCACCCAUUACAGUUCACUAAACAUUCUUUCUGAAGACCCUAAAGGUUAGUUUUCCCUAGAAGAUCGUCGACGUUAACUGUCCCAAGGCCUCAAAGAUAUACUGGUUGUGUAUCUCCUUUUUCGUCUUCAAAGAGUAAGGUGUUACCAUGUCAGCCUCCAGUGGUCAAGGGAAGUUAAGCCGGGAUUGAAUUUUACAUGCUUCUUGAGGUUGGUUUUCCAAAGUUGAUACAAUUAUCAGAGGGAUAUUAUUGUUGAAGAUGCCGAUGUUAUCAUCAACACGGUUGCUGCUCCUGUCCUCGCCCUGCCAAAAGCUAUCCUCUCUUUCUAGGGCUGCUUGCUUUCAUGGGAGUGGACAAUUGCUCCGUCAUGUUGAACGUAACCAGGGACCCCUUACUCUUGCAAGCCUUGGUCCUAAGAUUGAAACUGGUAAAACAAAUAGGGGCAAAACUAACAGAAUUAAGUAUGAAACUUCUCCUAGAAAAGAAAAAAUGGGUGAAGUGCAGCCUCUUUCUAGCAAUAAAUUCAAGACAGUUGCUACAAGAAAACCGCUCGAAUUAGGACUGGGUCCAUUUAAUGCGAAAUCAUUUUCAGAGCUUGGCUUGCCGCCGUUAUUGUUAGAAAGGUUGGAGGCUGUAGGAUUUAAGGUUCCGACUGAUGUUCAAGCUGCUGCAAUUCCAACCAUUCUUAAGAAUCACGAUGUUGUGAUUCAGUCUUACACAGGUUCGGGAAAAACGUUGGCGUAUCUCCUCCCCAUACUUUCCGAAGUAGGUCCACUAAGGAGGAAAUCUCCUGAUUGCAAGGAUGAGCAUGGGAAGAAAAUGGAGAUAGAUGCCGUUAUCGUGGCUCCGUCUAGGGAGCUAGGAAUGCAGAUUGUGAGGGAGUUCGAGAAGCUCUUGGGACCUGCUGAUAAGAAAGUUGUUCAACAGCUUGUGGGGGGUGCAAAUCGUUCUAGGCAAGAAGAAGCUCUGAAGAAAAAUAAGCCAGCUAUUGUCGUCGGAACACCGGGGCGGAUUGCGGAAAUAAGUGCUGCCGGAAAGCUUCACACCCACAAUUGUCGUUUCUUGGUCUUGGAUGAAGUUGAUGAGCUUCUUUCGUUUAACUUCCGGGAGGAUAUGCAUCGGAUAUUGGAACAUGUAGGGAGAAGAUCCAGCACGGAUGCACGAGGGCCUAAAGGUCCAAUGGUAAGGCGGGCAGAACGUCAGACUAUCCUGGUUUCUGCAACUGUGCCGUUUUCCGUUAUAAGGGCCGCUAGGAGCUGGGGAAAUGAUCCGCUGCUUGUCCAAGCAGAAAAAGUCAUGACGCUUGAUUCUGCCCCAAUGUCUGAACCUGUUAAUCCGUCAAAGCCUUUGUUAAGUUCGAGUAAAACCUCAAAUUUGCACGGCCAACCAGCUGUUACAAGUCUACCUCCCUCUUUGGAGCACUAUCACUGUGUCACAAAGCUACAGCACAAGAUUGACACGAUGAGAAGAUGCAUCCAUGCGCUCGAUGCCAAGUCCGUGAUCGCUUUCAUGAACAACACUAAGCAGCUGAAAGAUGCUGUUUUUAAGCUAGAGGCCCGUGGCAUUGAUGCUGCAGAGUUGCAUGGCGAUCUGGGUAAGCUUGUUAGAUCAACAACUUUAAAGAAGUUCAAGAAUGGCGAUUUGCGUGUUCUGAUGACAAAUGAGCUUUCAGCGAGGGGUUUGGACGUAGCGGAAUGCGAUCUUGUAGUUAAUCUGGACUUACCAACAGACUCCAUUCACUAUGCUCAUCGUGCUGGCCGCACUGGGCGGCUUGGUAGGAAGGGUACUGUGGUUUCGAUAUGUGAGGAGCCUGAAGUAUUCGUUGUCAAGAAACUGCAGAAGCAGCUCGGGGUUCAGAUUCCUGCUUGUGAAUUUAUAGAGGGCAAGCUUGUCAUGACAGGGGAGGAAGAGAGGACUUUGGAGCCCACAAGAUAAGGGGCCUUUUUUGUUCUUUCUACUAGCUGUAUCAGAUAGUCUAUUGGAAAUUGCGAUGGUUGACAGAUCCCCCUCUUUUUGUCUACUAAAAGUCAUGCACACCGUUUCAUAGCAGUCUUGGAUUGUGUUAGUUGAAUGAUAUUAUCUUCAAAUGGAAUUAUAGGAUGGAUGGACUGCUGUUAUGGCUAA